AUGGAUGGAAUGUUUUCUGCAGUGAAACACCGUAAGCUACUCGAUGAAGAUGUUUCUGAGAAGAAGGACGUCAAAGCUCUUCUCUCGUUCAGAAAUAGCAUUACAGCCGACCCCAUGGGAUCACUUUCGAACUGGACUUCUAUCAAUUCAGGAAACAUGUGCUCCUGGAAUGGUGUUUCCUGCAGAAAGCAUACCAACAGAGUAGUGGCCAUCAUUCUCCCUCAGUUGGGAUUGGAAGGUACCAUUUCAACAUCCAUAGGAAACCUAUCAUUACUACGCAUUUUGAAUCUCUCCAGCAAUUCUUUGAGUGGAAGGAUUCCAACUCAGCUUGGCCAACUGAAAGCGUUGAGGUCACUCGACCUCAACACAAAUCUGCUGGUGGGCUCCAUACCCACAUCUCUUGUUAAUUGCACACAUAUUCAGUGGAUUAGACUUUCAGACAACAACUUAAGGGGAAACAUACCGAAAGAAUUUGGUGGCCUGGGCAAUUUACAGCAUCUCCGGUUAUCCUACAAUAGUCUGAGUGGAAGCAUUCCAAAUUCUCUGGGGAAAUGUACGUCUCUUGUUGAUUUGGUCCUUGGCUAUAACAAUCUUACAGGUAGCAUCCCCCCUUCUCUCAGUAAUUGCUCUGAUUUAUCCAUGAUUGAUUUGCCAGAGAAUGGCUUGACUGGUGGCAUCCCGUCUGGACUGAGGAGGUUGGAGAAAUUGCAAAGCCUUGGCCUUGGCUAUAACAAGCUCAAAGGUAGCAUCCCUCCUUCUCUCAGUAAUUGCUCUGCUUUAUCCAUCAUUGAUUUGUCAGAGAACGGCUUCACUGGUGGCAUCCCGUCUGAACUGGGUAUGUUGGAGAAAUUGCAAUUCCUUGUCCUGCAGUCUAACAAGUUGGGGUCUCAAAUCCCUGCAGCUCUGGGUAAUUGUUCUUCUCUAGAGGUACUGUUUCUAGGAGACAAUUCGCUGACUGGCAACAUAGCAUCUGAACUAGGAAAUUUAAAACAGCUUGGCCGACUAUCUCUGUAUGGCCCAGGCAAUCUUACAGGUAGUAUCCCUCCAGAAAUAGGAAACUGUAGCAAUCUUGAGUGGCUUGAUGUUGGAACGAACCUUAUUUACGGACCAUUGCCAAUGAGUAUUACCAUGCUUCCUCUCUCCACAAUUUCUUUGCUUGGAAAUGCUUUUGAAGGGAAACUACCAGAAGGCAUUUUCAACAUGACCCAGUUGACAUACUUAAGUCUUGGUUCAAAUAAUUUCAGCAGAAACAUCCCCAAAGGUAUUGACAUGCUCACCGAAUUGACAUAUUUAAAUUUAGGUUCAAAUAGCUUGACAGGUGUGCUACCUGAAGGAAUUACAAAUUUGAGCAAACUUGAAAAUCUAUAUGUUGACACUAACCAUAUGACAGGAAUAAUUCCAAAGGCCAUAGGGGAGCUCCGAUCUUUGAGAAAUUUGUUUUUAUUUUCAAACAAUUUAAGUGGAUCUAUACCAUAUAGUAUUGGUCAACUCAAGAAUCUUACUCAGCUAGCUAUCUACAGCAAUAAUAUCUCUGGGGCUAUUCCUGAAAGCAUUGGCGGUUUGAUUUCACUUCAGAAAUUAGAUGUAUCUGACAAUAGUCUGAUGGGACAAAUCCCGCAAUCCAUAGGCAACUGCAAGUCCAUAACCGAUUUGGUAUUGACCGACAACAAUCUGUCUGGAAGAGUUCCACCAUCUAUAGUGAACUGCACAGCGUUGAGGAGAUUAAAGCUGUCUAGGAACUCAUUGUAUGGAGGUAUAGAUAUUAAUUUUCCUCCUUCUAUAGAAAUUCUGUCUGCAUAUUCUAAUAACUUAAAUGGGAUCCUGCCUGCAUCGUUGGCCAAUUGUACGCAGCUCACGCUGCUAGAUUUCAGCAAUAAUAGAUUAAGAGAUGAGCUGUCUUCACACCUACUUGUAAAUUGUCAAGAGCUGAGGGUUCUGAGCCUUGGCUCCAAUGAAUUUGAGGGUCAUAUUCCUCUAUGGAUUACAAACCUCACCAGGUUGCAGGUCUUAGAUCUAUCCAACAAUAAAUUUGUUGGAACAAUUCCCUCUUCCCUUCAGAGCCUGAAGGGAUUUUCACAAUCCCAAUCUUCGCAAUUGAAUGGUGUGAUGGGUAAUACCCUCUAUGAAGAUAUACCAGUUGUAAUCAAAGGAAAUGAGUACAUACUCCAAUAUGUGUUGGCAGCAAACACCAUAUUAGACUUGUCAAAUAAUAAUUUGAGCGGGAAAAUUCCUCCGAGCAUAGGGAAUCUGAUUAGCAUGAGACUGUUAAAUCUGUCCGGAAAUCAUCUGGAGGGUAGGAUACCGGCUUCUUUGGGGCAAAUAUCAACCCUGGAGCAGUUGGACUUGUCUCACAAUAAUUUGAGUGGGCAGAUACCAGAGGAACUGUCUAAAUUAUUCCUCUUGAGCUAUUUCAAUGUUUCUUUCAACAGUCUUUGUGGGCGAAUACCCGGAGGACCGCAGUUCCUGACUUUUGAUAAGACUUCAUACCAGGGAAACCCUCCGUGUUUAUGCGACAAUGGUUUCAUCUUGAGGAAAUGCAAAAACAAUGAGACAUCAGUUUCAACUUCAGAAGAGGGGGAGAAGUCGGUGUGGAGCAGAAUAGAUGAGUACGUGUCACCCAUUGCUAUGGGGCUCGGCUUGGGGAUUGGGUUUGGCGGAACAUUGUCAGUAAUUGUAUGGAGGGACAGAAUCGAUCAAUAG